CGCACAUAUUUGAAUGUUUAACUGCUCAUCAGGGUACUUUGUAGACGGAAAACAUUAAACAAAAUUAAAUACCAGGACCUUAUCAUGCAGCCUGGCUUUUCAAAAUUUUGAAGUUUUUUUAUUAGAUACAUGCAUUAACUUCAUCAAUUGUCCACAGACUCGUGAAUCGUUUUAUUCACAUUAUUUUGUCAUAAAGAACUUAAUAUUCUUAUGAGAUUUAUGAAUUAAGUGCUUUAGCAUUUUUGAAGUGCUUUUCUAUGGAUUUAAAAUUACACGAUUUCCCAAUUUCAGAAUUUAUAUAAAGCCUAAUGUCGACGGAAACACUGAAAGAGGAGGAUAUCGAUAAUGACGAUUGCAGUGAAAAAUUAUCUGAGGAAAAGAUCUCCAUUGAUGAUUAUAAUGAGGAUUAUAAAUUAUUCCUUAAAAAUCUUUGGGGUAUAGAUUUAGCUAAUUAUUUUUUAUAUCCAAAUUUUCAAAAAUCUAUAAAAAUUAAAACAAUGAAUAAUAAUUCAAUAAAUGAUAAUCUUUUUAUUGGUGGUUAUCCAAAUGGUAUGUUACAUGGUUUACGUAUACCAUUUUGUUAUCAAUUAAAAUCAUGGUUAUUUAAUUUAAAACAUAUUAAUAUCAAUCAAUCAAUGGAUCAUCGAAAAUCAAUAAAAAAAUCAAUAAAACCAUUAAGAAAAUCAAUAAAAUGUUCUAUAAAUUCACAAUCAUCUAUUAAAACAAAUAAUAUAAUGAAUAUUAUUGAUUUAUUAAAAUAUCAUAUGGGAACAAAUUAUAGUGCACAAUAUUUAUGGAAUUUAUUAAGAUAUAAAUCAUAUGAACAAUUAAUUAAUUAUGAAAAACAAUUAACGAAAGAAGAACAAAUGACCUAUAAUGCAUUUACAUAUGAAUAUGUAUUAAAAGGAAAAGAAAAGCCACCUUUAUGUGAUUUCAUUCGUGAAAAUCCAUCUAAUUCAUUAAAUAAUGUAAUGAAACAAUUAAAAUCCCCAUCUAUUGAAAAACAAUUACGUAAAAUGAAUUUAUCUGUAUCAUGGGCAAAUAGAAAUCAAGAUCAAUUUCGUAUGAUCUCAUUUCAACAAAAUUUAAAAGAUGCAAUUAAAUCAAUUGAAAGUAAUAAUUUCUCAUCUUCAUUAUUAAAUCAUCAAACGGAUACAAAAUCUCAGUUGGAUUCGAACUCAAAACUGAACUCUCAACAAGUUGAUCAACUAAUGUCAUUCUAUCCUAUAUUAAAAAAGAAACAAAAUCAAACAUUCAUUGAUAAUGAUAUUCAACCAUUAGAAAAUUACUUUCCAGAUUACUCUAAAAUACAAGAUUCCAUCAAGAAAGUAUCCAAAUUACGUAAUAAUGAAACUAUGACAAAGAAGUCAACUAAAUCAUUUGAACAUUUAUCAUUUUGGCAUGCAAAUCAAUCAAUCAAGUCUCCAAAUAAAACUGAAAUAAAAUAUCAAUCUAUAAACAAUAAACAACAGAAAACUUCAUAUCAACUCAAGUCUUCAAGAUCACCAUAUAAUAUUCCAAAAUCUACUUCAUCACUUGACAAGAAAUUACAACCUCUUUGUUGGUCUGAUCUACUUACAAACAAUAAACAAAAAGAUUAUUCUAAAAACAUAAGUGGUUUAUUUACACCAUCAUUAUCUAAUGAGAAUUCAAGAAAUAAUUCAAUGGAUUAUUCAUUUCUAAAGAAAACAUUAUGGAAACCAGCUAAAGCAAUUGUAUCAUAACUUUAUAACAUCACAUAAUCUUCAUCAUUGUCAACACUAUCAGGAUACUGUAACUUGGUAAUGAUAACAAAGAGUUAAUAUAAAUAACAUUGAA